AUGAUGAAAAAAUCAUGCCAGCUCAUGUUACAUUUGCAAACCGGUUGUUUCAGAUUCUCCGAAUCGAUGUGUCCUUGUUGCAAUUCUUGUUAUGACACAAUUGAGCACUUCAUGUUGCAUUGUGAAGCACUUGCUGAUGUUAGAAGACCCUUGGCAAUAUUUGGUGUUGGGCACUCUAUGUCACCUCUAGUUAGUAUGUGGAACACAGUUGUAAGGUACAAUAUGAGAGGUAGUGUUGUAAAAAUGUUAGGUACAGCGCAAUAUGGGUCGAAAUUCAGUUGGAGCAAAAAGGUAAAAAUGAUCGUCGGUAACUCUGAUUUACAGAGUUUAAGAAUCAUGUGCUCAUUAUAUAGUUCUUUGAAAUGGUAUUGUGAAUCUUUAACGACCACACCUACUUUAUGCCCUACUAUUUGGUGGAAAAUUUGUCAAGAAUUUCCAAUGAUGAAAAAAUCAUGCCAGCUCAUGUUACAUUUGCAAACCGGUUGUUUCAGAUUCUCCGAAUCGAUGUGUCCUUGUUGCAAUUCUUGUUAUGACACAAUUGAGCACUUCAUGUUGCAUUGUGAAGCACUUGCUGAUGUUAGAAGACCCUUGGCAAUAUUUUUCAAUGAAAUGCAUUUAAUGUCAAAUGACCAGAAAAUGAGAAUGUCUCUCGGGAUUCAAGUGUCAAUAGAUGACAUUGAUACGCUAGUUUUUAUCUCAGGAAUAGUAACUCAAAUGUAUACUAAGCGCAAUUCAUUGAUCUCAUAGAAUGGCAUUUACUAGGCUAAUCACAUGUAGUGUGGUAUGAUAAUAUCAUUCUUGUAAAUGGUACUAUAUAAUAUAUGUAUUUUUAUACCUUUAUUCCUAAUUAUAUACUGUAUGCAAUGUAACUGUCUUUUUAUAAAAGAUGCAAAUAAAUUAUACAUACAUACAUACAUAAGCCA